AUGCCCAAGCCAAGCACAUCCCAGUGGAAAGCCGUCUCGGAAAAGUCAGCUCAAGCGAAGAAGAAGCUCAAAUCCGCCAGGCUACCUGGAUCGAGCUCGAGCUCGAGCUCGGGCAACUCCAGCGACAGCGACAGUGACGGUAAUGACCGCGCCGCAAUGCUGGCCGCGCUCGAAGCGCACAGCCGCUCAAUGUUCGGCUUUGACUCGGCUGAGAGCUCGGCACAGGGGGCUGCUCGCUCCGCGUCAGGGUCAGAGUCAGAGUCUGAGCCCGAUGCUGAGGUCGUGGAGGAGGACUACGACGAUGAGUUUGACGACGGGUGGGGAGAGGGCGACGCGUUCGUCACGGACAGCGAGGACGGGAUGGACUUUGACGCGAUGAUGAGCAACGCCAAGAAGGCCAAGAAGACAAAGUCCAAGGAGAAGACCAAGUCCACGGAGAAGACAAAGUCCACGGAGAAGGAGGCUCUCAAGGCCACCUCCGCUCCGACCACACGCGCACCCGUCCAAGUCGUGUUCGCCGAGACUGGGCGGUCGUCGAUAGCCAUCUCAAAGUCUGAGAAACGCGCUUUCCUCACGGGCAACUCAGCCAAGAUCAUGGGCCUGCAGCCCGAAGAACAGCCGGGGUCAGGCAAGCGGAAGCGCAAGGCCAAUGCGGAUGACGAGGAGGAACAGUCAAACCAGCGCCUCGACAAGACGCUGCACGACAUGCUCCUGAACUCGCUCCUCCCGUCCGCAACACAAGAUGGGGCUUCACGCCCAGUCGACAAACGCGCAGCCAUGUCCGGCCGCCUGCUCGAGCUCGCCAACUACUCACUCCCCGGCGAUGGCGAGGGCGUUGUGCGCGGAGCCAACCUCUCCUCCCAUCCGGCGCAUGUACGUACCGGCCUCGUUCAUGCCAAGCAGCGGCGGGCUGAAACGGCACGCGCCGAGGCUGAGGCGGCCGGCUCGUGGGUCAAGGGCAAGGGCGGAUUGGGUGAUUUGGGGCGUCGCGGUGCCGGGUCAAAGGGCAAGGAGCGCGAAGUGCGGACGUUUGGAACGGUCACGAAGAAGAAGGGUAUGGCUGGCAAGAGCAAGGAGCGCGCAAUGGGUCUCGGUAUGGGUGUGGGCAAGUUUGACAAGGGUGCGCUGCGUAUUGACGAGAGCACCAUUGCUCGCAUCAACAACAGUGGCAAGGGUGGUGGAAAGAAGAAAGGUGGAGGCAAGAAGGGCAUGCGGGGUUGGUAG